AUGCUAAUCAACAAUAUUUGGCGAUCUUUUGCUAUCACAAGUUUAAUAUUUGGAAUAUUAUUAAAACCUGUACAAGCUAUAGAAUUAGAUGAAAUUACAAGAACAGUACAAUUAGAAGAAUCUGGAAAAACCAUUAUAUUAACACGAGAACAAGUCAAAAGAGGAAAAAGAUUAUUUAAUAAUUCAUGUGCACAAUGCCAUAAUGGAGGUAUUACUAAAACUAACCCUAAUAUUGGUCUAGAAUUAGAAUCUCUAAGCUUAGCUACACCAGCACGUGAUAAUAUCAGUUCAUUAAUUAACUACAUGAAAGACCCAACUAGCUAUGAUGGUGCAACAUCUAUUGCAGAAUUACAUCCAAGCAUUAAAAGUGCAGAAAUUUUUCCAAAAAUGCGUAACUUAACUGAUGAUGAUCUAUUUGCAAUUGCAGGACAUAUAUUAAUACAACCUAAGAUAGUAGCUGAAAAAUGGGGAGGGGGAAAAAUUUACUACUAA